AUGGUUUCCUUCUCCAAGAUCUGCUUCGUCGCAGUGUCUGCCGGCAGCGUCCUUGCGGCCCCUGCCCCUCACGGCCCUCUGGUCAAGUUUGGCGAGAUCACGAAGCUGCCCUCCAAAUGGAUUGCCACUGGUGCCGCCGACGGCAACGCCGUCAUCAAGGCCCAGAUUGGUAUCAAGCAGAACAACAUCAAGGGCCUCCAGGACAAACUCGCUGAUAUCGCCGACCCCAACAGCCCCAACUACGGACAGUGGCUGUCCAAGGAGGAGGUUGACAAGUACAGCGCUCCCGCUGCGGCCGACGUUGCUGCUGUCAAGGCUUGGCUCGCCGACUCUGGCAUCACCGACGUCACCAUGCCCACCAACGACUGGAUUGAGUUCUCCGUCCCCGUCUCCAAGAUGGAGACACUUCUGGGCAGCAAGUACGAGUGGUUCAUCCAUCUCGAGACCGGCGAGAAGGUUCCCCGCACCAAGCAGUUCUCGAUUCCCCAGAACCUGCACAACCUGAUUGACGUCGUCACUCCCACGACCGUCCUCUACCACAACAUGGGCCCCUCGGUCCACAACAGCCCCCAGGCGGCCGGCGCGUCUGGCCUCACCAGCCCUGCCUCCAUCAAGUCGGCCUACAACGUCGACUACAAGGGCACCGGCAACACCCUCGUCGGCACCACCGGCUUCCUCGGCGUCGGCGCGUCCCACCAGGACUACGCCAACUUUGCCAAUCAGUUCUCGCCCGGCCUGAAGGACUUCAAGGACGUCGGCAUCAACGGCGGCAGCAACAGCGGCGACGGCAGCGCCCUCGAGGGCAACCUGGACACGCAGUACUGCGGCGCCCUCGCCUCGCCCAACCCCAGCCAGUACCUCGCCACCGCGCCGACGGGCAGCGACGGCAGCUCCUUCAACGAUGCCAUGCUCGCCUUUGGCAACUACCUCAACUCGGCCAGCAGCCCGCCCUCGGCCGUGUCCACCAGCUACGGCGGCGAGGAGGACGGCACCGACCCCAACUACAUGGACCGCAUCUGCAACGAGUUCAUGAAGGCCGGCUCGCGCGGCGUGUCCAUCUUCUUCUCCUCGGGCGACAACGGCGUCGGCGGCAACGGCGAGUCCAGCUGCUACAACGGCUACUACCCGCUGUGGCCCGCGACGUGCCCGUACGUGACCACGGUCGGCGGCACCGAGUUUGACAGCUCGGGCCGCGAGGUCGUCGCCAACUUCCAGCAGUACAACAAGAACGUCAAGUCGCCUGGCGGCGGCUUCUCCAACCACUUCCCGGCCCCCAGCUACAACAAGGCCGUCACCACGGCCUACGCCAACGGCCUCGCGGCCGCGCAGAAGCAGCGCCUCAACCCCAACGGCCGCGGCUUUCCCGACAUUGCGCUCGUCAGCGUAAAGUACCAGGUCAACGUCAACGGCGCCAUCAGUCAGGUCCUCGGCACCUCGGCCUCGAGCCCCAGCGUCGCCGGCAUGGUCGGCCUCAUCAACGACUACCGCAAGACCCAGGGCAAGUCCAACCUCGGCUUCCUCAACCCGCUCCUCUACUCGGACAAGGUCAAGCCCGCCAUCCGCGACGUCACCUCGGGCGCCAACUUUGGCUGCGACAGCUCCGGCCUCCCCGCCAAGACUGGCUGGGAUGCCGCCUCUGGCCUCGGCUCCUUUGACUUUGGCAAGCUCCGUACUCUUCUCUAA